AUGGAGCACAGGACGAAGAGGGUGGCGAUCGUCGGCGCCGGCACGAGCGGCUUGGCCGCGUGCAAGCACCUCCUGGCGAGGGGCUUCCGGCCGGUGGUGUUCGAGGCCGGCGAGUCCAUCGGCGGCCUGUGGACGCGCACGCUCGCCUCCACCAGGCUCCAGUCGCCGCACGUCGCCUACCGCUUCUCCGACUUCCCGUGGCCGGACUCCGCCGACUGGUACCCGCGCCACGACCAGGUCGUCGACUACCUCGCCGCCUACGCGCGCCGCUUCGGCGUCGAGGAGCGCGUCAGGUUCCGGUCCAAGGUUCUCGCCGCCGAGUACGUCGGCGCGGCCGACGACACGGCCGCCUCUGGGUGGGAGCUGUGGAAUGGCAACGGCGACGCGUUCGGCGACGGCUCCGGCGCGUGGCGCCUCACUGUGCGGCACGAGCACGACGACUCCGGCAUAACGAAGACGUACGAGUUCGACUUCCUCAUCCUCUGCAUCGGGAGGUUCAGCGGCGUGCCGAACAUCCCGGCGUUCCCGCCGGGCGGAGGCCCCGACGUGUUCCGCGGACGGGUCAUCCACUCGAUGGAGCUCUCCGACAUGGACGACGCGGACGCCGCCGCGCUGGUCAAGGGCAAGCGCGUCGUCGUCGUCGGCUCCGGCAAGUCCGCCUUCGACAUCGCCGCCGAGUGCGCCGAAGCCAACGGCAUCGAGCAGCCGUGCACGAUGAUCUGCAGGAGCCCACGGUGGCUGCUGCACCACACGGAUGUCUGGGGCAAGGUGAACAUCGGCUACCUCUACAUGAACCGCUUCGCCGAGCUGAUGGUCCGGAAGCCCGGCGCCGGCAGCACGUCGAACCUUCUCGCCACAUUGCUCGCACCCCUGGGGUGGUUGAUAUCGAAGUUGACGGAAGCCUACUACAAGAAGGAGAUACCGAUGGAGGAGCACGGGAUGGCACCGGAGUACGGCCUGGCGAGGUCGUUCUCGUCGUGCCUCAUCGGCAUGCUGCCGGAGAGGUUCUACGACAUGGUGAAGGAAGGCAGCAUCGUCAUCAAGAAAUUGAGGGGUUCUGUCACCUUCUGCGACGACGGCCUGCUGCUCGACGGUGGCGUGAGCGGCGAGCGCGUCCCGGCCGAGCUGGUGAUCCUCGCCACGGGCUUCCGCGGCGACGAGAAGGUGAGGGACAUGUUCGCGUCGCGGCGGGUGAGGGAGAUCGUCGCCGGCACGCCGGACACGACCGUCCCGCUGUACAGGGAGUGCGUGCACCCGCGGAUCCCGCAGAUGGCGGUGAUCGGGUACGCGGAGAGCCUGACGAACAUCUACGCGUGCGAGAUGAUGGCCAAGUGGGUGGCGCGGCUCCUCGACGGCGCGUUCCGGCUGCCGGGCGUGCGGCGGAUGGAGGAGAGCGUGGCGGAGUGGGGGCGGUACAUGAGGAGGAGCGGCGGGGCGGAGCACUUCCGGUGGUCGUGCCUCGGCGCCGUCAACAUCUGGUACAACGACCAGCUGUGCCGUGACAUGGGAUGCAACUCGAGGAGGAAGAAGGGCCUCCUCGCCGAGUGGUUCCACCCCUACGGCGCCGUCGAUUACGCCGAUAUCCUCUAAAUUUUCAAAUUUGUAAUAAAUAGUACUAUUAUUCAAAUUUGUGACGAAGUUGAGAGAAAUUAUUUGAAUCAAAACGGACGGCCUGAUAAA